AUGAAUUUCACUGCAGCUAUUGCGGAUCAGGAACAUGAUGCGACAACCGCAGCUCUAGCCCAAUCGAUGGGCUUUUCCAGCUUCGGGUCACAAGAUCGUUCCUCCCACCCAUCCAAACGUCGCAAGCAUAACCCCAACGUCGACGCAGUUGUCGCCUCGCCAGCAACCGGCGCCAAUGCAUCCGCCGUUGUAUAUACGACAGACAAUUCAUUCACAACCACAGCGGCAGCUCUUGCUUCCAUACCUGGUUCAAACAACGCGGCGACACAGAACACCGAGGAGAUUGACCUCGACGAGAGCGAAGACGAGGACAAUGGCGGGGAAAGGGAAGGUGGAAAUGGAGGUGCCAUACUCUACCCCGACGUCGAAGAAGGGACUGGCGACCACCUCAAGGCCCCCGCUCUGGCGAAAGCACAAGCUUUGAUCGACGAAAUCGUUGCGCGCCAUGGGGGCGACGGAUCUACCGGCACGAACGAAGGAGCGGUACAUUCGUUUUCACUUCCUCCCGGGGGCUCACCUGGUAAUAGCGGCGUCACGCUACCCAACCGUCCGAGUCCUUCAUGGGGCCAGAAUCAAGGCUCGCUACCAAAUAUCGGCCAAGAAGGUGGACAUGGGCACGACCAACCCCUCCCCAUGCCUCAGAGACAAGGCCGGGGACAGGGUCAGGGGAGAGAACCCGGCAAGCCGUGGUGGGAGGGCUACUACGAUCCCGCGUCAAACGAGAACCCCUGGGCUGCAUUGGAAAAGAAGGCGGGUUUGCAGAGUCGCGGCUCGUGGCUUUCAAGAAGCACCCGUCACCACCCGGGUUGUCACGCGGCUUCCUCCAUGACGAUCCUUCGCCGAACCACGUCCCACCACGACUCUCAAGUCACCGACGUCACCUGUCCUGCAAGCCAAUCACCGGCCUGGAGUGUCAUGUGGAUGGAGCGGCCUCCACCGUCCUUGGAGAAUGCUCCCUUGCCUGAAAGAGGAAGCACGAUGUCGUCGCCAACGCCCGACUUUCCCGCCUACCUGGUCCAUGUUAACCCAGGCCUCUCUAGGCGGAGCAGUCUCCUUCCUGCAGCCCUGAUGCUUGCCAGGCCACCCAAUUUCCCCCCUCCUCCUCCAUUUUUGGCCACCCCUGAUGGAGGCUGGAGUACUUUUAGCGCAGAAACAAAAGCAGGCCUCCUCCCAUUCUCGUCACUGUUACCGAACGCGGGCCGUUGGUGGAUGGGGAGAGCCACGUCUUGCCGCCUAGAGCAGACCACUGGCCGCAGGAACCACGUUCUGGGCCCGCUAGAGACCAUGAGAGAGGGGCUCUGCAGCAUGCAGCGUGUCGAGCCUGUCGAUGAACCGUCCAACCCCAACCCAACCCAACCCAACCGCCCCCCCGCCUUCCCUCGGCUCGCACCGUUCCGCACCCCGCCGUCCAUGCCCAACCGUAUGAAAUCAUCUCCUGGUUCCUGCAGCUAG